GAGUUCUCUUCGGGGAAAACGGGAGGAAAGUGUCUGCUCCUCUUCAGCCGGCAAAAGCAUGCCAAUUACCAUCGGUUCUGUAAUGGCACACGAGUAAAAGAAUGGAAAGGAAUAACCACGACGUGCAAUAUUGCUUAUAUACAGGUCGCAUAAAAAUGCAAAUUUUUUAGUCGUGUCAUAAAUGUCAAGUUGGGUGCGCGAAAGUUCAAAGGUCAGUAUGGCGAAACAGGACGUAAACAAACUGUCGGACACAUGUAGAUAUUUCGUGCGACUGGCUUUCCUCGUUGUGAAAAUUCCAUUUUUAUGUUGCAAAUCUCUUGUUGUUAGCUUAUAUCCUGCAAAACUGAAGGAUAUUUCAAAUGACAUUGUGUUGAUAACGGGCGGAAGCCGAGGGAUUGGACGACAGAUAGCACUGGAGAUUGCCAAACACAAACCAGAGCAUAUUGUGCUGUGGGGUCGAGGGAUCGCCAAUCUUGAGAGGACAGCUGCUGAAGUCCGCAGCCUUGGCAUCAAGUGUUCCUACAUGUCAUGUGACUUAGGAGUGAAAGAACAAAUAUAUUCAAAGGCACAAGAGAUAAAGGAUACCAUAGGCCCUGUGUCUAUUUUGGUGAACAAUGCAGGCGUUGUGACAGGACGGAAGAUUGUUGACAGUGUUGAGGAGGAGGUGGAAGCUACAUUUGCAGUCAACACCCUAGCUCAUAUAUGGACACUGAAGGCAUUCCUACCAGACAUGAUGGACAGUCAGAAGGGCCACAUUGUCACAAUGAGCUCGGUGCUAAGUAUGAUCACAAUGGCCGGCCUGUCGGACUAUUGUAGCUCUAAGUUUUCUACAACAGGGCUUUGUGAGUCUCUCUACUGGGAGGUAGAGGAGUACCCAAACAUCUUUAUGACAUCUGUACACCCUUACUUAGUGAUCAACGACAUGUUCUCAGCCUUGAAGCUGAGAUUUCCAAGACUGAUUCCUGCUUUAUCAGAGAAGUAUGUAGCCGAACGGACUGUACAGGCCGUGCUGACCAACACCUCAUACAUCAUCAUGCCACGAAUCAUGUACAUCAUCGUCCUAGCUCAGAGAAUUUUUCCCGAUAGUGUCUUACUGCCGAUUUACAAGUUCCUGGGAACAGAUACAGCCAUGGACAAUUUCUUGUCUCCGAAGUCAUCGUUGCCAAAGGUCAAGUCAAGUUAACACCUGACCUGUGAAAUAUGUCUCUAGAUUAAGGCGUGAUAUGUCUCGUAGGAAAAUGAAACACAAAACGUAUCGUGUUAGAUCGGACACUCUUAAUCCUGUGCAAGUCUAUUAUACUGAAUAACUGAAACAAGAAGAGACAUGAACCUAUUUUAUGUUGACUGUGUUCCUAAAUUUGUGAUGUACAUAAGUAGUGUAUUUUCUUACUUAUGCUUCACAUGUUUCAGCAGGAAUUGAUUUAUGUGCAUUUUCAUGUUAUAAACAUCACAUAAUUGUGAUUGAUCAAUAACUGCACCAACACCUCGUGUUCAGAAUUUGUUCAGAAUACUCUGAAGUAGCAAAAGCAUCCCAUUUCUAAUUUCAGUAAAGAAUGAUAGAUAUGAAAAAGAUGCCUAAAGGUUUGAAAUAAGUCCCCUACCGGUACUACCGGUACUACCGGUACUACCAGUACUACCAGUACUACCGGUACUACCAGU